UUUUUUGUCUCAGGUUAGGUUUGAUGUUUGCCUGCUAUGGUAUAUGGUUCUAUCUUAUUAUCGUAGUUUAUUAAUUUCUACAUGUCAAAAAUGGCUGACACAGAAAAAGACGAAGCGAAAAAUUUACAAGUUGAGUUCGAAUGGGUUCUUCGUGAUGAGGUGCACCCAAUACUCAAACAACUGCGGAUGAUCCUUAUCGAAUGUGCACAUCGCUUCCCAGUGCCUCUCUAUGAAAACGAAGGAAAGAAGACGGAGAAAUUUGUUUUAAUGGCUCCACACGAUCAAUUAAAGUGUUCAGUAACUCUUACGGGAGACAGCAUUACCCAAGCGGAUAUCAACUUUAAACUCCAGAAAGCUCCUAAUCAGGUGCAGAGAACUUCAAUUACACAAGAUUCUCCUUGGAAGUUACAACAAGUUCAAGAUGCUGCUAACCAUUUACAGCAAGCAAUAAAUCAUAUUGACAAUGUUGACGAAUCUUAUCAUUUUAAAACAUCUGACGAAGUUCUUCACAUUGUUGGAGAUAUACUUGGUGCCUUGCAACGAGGUCGUACUAGUCUGGUUAUACCAAAGAAAAAGCCAAUCGAUGAACUUAUGAAGGGAAGGAACAUGAAAUCACUUGCACCGAAUCUGCCUGAGGAUCUGGCUAUAAGCUUCUAUCUUCAAAGUCACAAACUUAUAAUCGCCGUGUAUCAAUUGACAAACAUUCAGGGAACUAUGAAAUUUGACUCUUGUCAAGCUGAGUUUUCUGUUCCUUGGUUAAAUGAAGUGUUGGUUUUAUUUACUGUUGGUUUACAGCUUUGUCAACAAUUGAAAGAUAAGAUAUCCGUGUUUUCGCUGUAUAAAGACUUUACAGUUGGGUCCCGAUCACCGUCUGCGCUUUCAUAUUAAAAUAAAUUAUCAGUAAUGAUCUAAGGACGACUCACUUCUGACACUGGAGACAAUGUUUAUCCUUUCAAGUGGAUUUAAAAACAUGUAUUGUUUUCUUUUUCUAAAUGCGCCUUUAUUAUCAAAUUAAUUACAAUUUGAUUUAACUAACUUCCAAAGUAAAACUAGGCAAAUAGAUGUUGCAAUUUUACCUUGACGAAACAAUAACAUACUGUUCCAAUGACAAUAAUAAUUAUAUGGAGUGGGUGGUCAAUGAAGAUAACUAAAUGAAACUACAAAAUUAAUAUUGAUACAAAUUUAAACUACAUAUAUUAUUGCAAAAAAACACAACAUUUACUUAUUAUUGUAUUGUUAAUUAUGAUUUUAUGCAUAAUAAAUACAUAUACUCGUUUAAUGUAAACAAGAGAAAAUAAACAAAAACGAAAUUUUUUAGGAUAUUGGUAACGAUCCGGAAGAUCACCAUAACUACUAUGUACACAUUAUAGCAUAGAAUCUUUUAAGAUCUUAAAAGAUCCUAUAAGUGUUUCAAACUUUAAGUUUAGCUGUCCAAUAGUAUUUUCUCCUAACUUAAAAACUCCUAAAAAAGAGUUAAUACAUGUGUGGAGAAGUAUAUAUAUAAAAAUAAUACGAAUUCUAAAUAGACCCUAUUUUCACUAUUAAAAGAAAACCUACAUUCAAUUAUUGUUAAGAAAAUAUAAUAAUAAAAUAACAAAGUUAUGUAUGGUAGUUUUCUUAUUGAAAUUCGAAAAACAACUUUAAGUUUUAAAAUCAAUGAAAUAAAACUUGGUUCAAAUUAAUAAUUAAUUGAACUCUACAACUUGACGAUUGUUUAACAGUUUCUUUAUUACUAAUAAAAAAAUCCAAAAGAUUAUAUAAAGUGCAAAUAUCGAGUAAAAUAUUACCUUUUCGUAUAAUAUUUUGGAAAAGUCGUUUCUUUCGAAUUUGUACAAAUUUCCAUAAUUUCCAGUCAAGUCCCAUAGAAAAAUCUCAGAUGUAGAAGCUGAAAACAAAAUGGGUUAAUAUUAAACAUAUGAAAGAGGCAACACUUUUUAAAUUUAAUUAAUAUCCUCAAUUUAGAAAUAAUUUAUUUAAAUUUUCUAUCAUUAGACUUUGAUUAACAAAUAUUAAGUACUUAUGUACAAAUGAAAACAGGUCUUUGUAAACAGGUCAAACGAGGAGAGAUGUUAACAUUUUUGAAGCUAAAAACCCAAUACCACUUAUACAAAGAAUUCCUCAAAUUUGGUUUUGAAAAACUACUCAAUAAAAUUAAUUAGCUGUUAUACGUCGAUGAAAAAUGUUAUUGAUUAGAUAUUUGAUACACCCAUACUAAAAACUGAUAUCACUUUGAAAACAAACAAAAUAAAAUUACGAUAUAUGUAUACCUAUGCUUUGAAACACUUGUGAAGUUUUUAAAAUGAACUCUAAUCUAGCUUAAGGAUUAUUUUAAAGAAGUUAAAUUUAGUUAGAGCUUUCAUGUAAUUAAUAAUGUAACUUCAUAAACUUAAACACUUUCUUAAUCCAUAUAAAUAAAUAAAAUUAGCCGUGUUUUGUUAAGAGUCAAUUGUUUAAAAUAGAAAUAAGUAUACAAAAUAUUUAUAAAAUAAAAUAACAUGCGUUCAUAUAUAACAAAACAUAAAAUGUUCCAAUAUUUAAAAACAAACGUUAAUUUACUAAAUACGAAAAUCUGAUGAAGCAAUAAAUAAACAAACAUUAAAAACAA